ACCGUGUUUAUGCACCGUCCCCGUCGGCUCUCCCUCAUCCUCUUCCCAGUAGCGCCGAUCGUUGAGCCUGCUCACCGAUUGCUGCCGGACGCUGCGUUUUUAUAACUCGGUCGUUGGUCGCCCCUGCGGAGAGCAUCUGUCUUCCUCAUUCCCUCCUCGAGUCAGGUCAAUCACGCCUUUGCGGAUUAAAAGUACAACAGACUCGCGACAAUGACCGCGCAAGAACACCAAGAUAAAAAGGAUGUCCACGACGACGAGCAGCACGUCGAGGUCACCGAGGACAUCGAUGCCGAGCUCGAGGCCCUCCUCCAGACUCCUCCCCUCGAGGGUCUGACCAAUGCCCAGGUCGAGGAGCGUCUGGCCAAGUUCGGAAAGAACGAGCUCCCUGAGAAGAAGACCAACCCCUUCCUCAAGUUCCUCAGCUACUUUGGUGGUGCCAUCUCCUACCUGCUGGAAAUCGCCGCCAUCGUCUCUGCUGUCCUCAAGGACUGGGUCGACUUUGGUAUCCUCGCUGCUGUCCUGAUCGCCAACGCCAUCAUUGGUUUCCACGAGGAGGCCAAGGCCGAAUCUGCCCUCGAUGCCCUCAAGAGCAACCUUGCCCUCAAGUCCCGUGUCUGGCGUAACGCCAAGCUCGUCGAAGUCGAGUCCAACCUCCUGGUUCCCGGUGAUGUCAUUGCCCUGCGUCUCGGUGAUAUCGUUCCUGCCGAUUGCCGUCUCCUCGGCAUCGGUGUCACCGGCGAGGAGACCGAAGGCUCUCUCCAGAUCGAUCAGUCUGCCCUGACCGGCGAGUCUCUCCCCGUCAACAAGAAGAAGGGUGCCAUUGCCUACUCGUCCUCCAUGAUCAAGCAGGGCCAGCAGCUCGCUGUUGUCACCAAGACCGGUAUCCACACCUACAUUGGUCGUGCCGCCAACCUGAUUGCCAUCACCAACGACGCCGGCCACUUCCAGAAGGUCAUCAACAACAUCGGCAACUUCCUCAUCGUUGUUUCCCUUGUCAUGGUUAUCAUUCUGUUCUUGAUCUCUGUCUUUGUUCACGGCAACGCCCCCCUGGUUGCCCUCAAGCAGGUUCUCAUCUUGACCAUUGCCGCCAUUCCCGUUGGUCUGCCCACUGUCAUGUCCGUCACCAUGGCCGUCGGUGCCAAGCAGCUCGCUGCCAAGAAGGUCAUUGUCAAGCGUCUCACUGCCAUCGAGGAGCUUGCCUCUGUCUCGAUUCUCUGCUCCGACAAGACCGGUACCCUGACCCUCAACCAGCUGUCGUUCGACAAGCCCUUCCUGACCAUGCGUGGCAACACCACCGACGACUUCCACGGCACCGGCGUUCCCUACACCGACCAGGACCUCCUGCUCAACUCGUUCUUCUCGUCUGAGCCCGGAGCCCAGGACCCCAUCGAGUCUACCAUCCGUGCUGCCGCCCAGGAGCGUGUCGACCUCCUCCGCAACCGUGCCGUCCAGGACCACAACAUUCCCGGCUACAAGGUCAACAGCUUCAUUCCUUUCAACCCCACUUCCAAGUACACCGAGGCCACCGUCACCGACCUCUCCACCGGCAAGCAGUUCCGCGUCAUCAAGGGUGCCCCCCAGGUCAUCAUCCGCAUGGUCGGUGGCCACAGCCAGGGUUCCGAGGCCGUCAUCGACCUCGCUCGCCGUGGUCUCCGUGCUCUCGGUGUUGCCCGUACCAUUGACGAUGAGAUGACCAAGUUCGAGCUUGUCGGUCUGAUUUCGCUCCUGGAUCCUCCCCGCCCCGACUCUGGCUCGACCAUUGCCGAGUGCGCCGCCCUCGGUGUUGGUGUCAAGAUGAUUACCGGUGACCAGCAGAUCAUUGCCAAGGAAGUCGCCUUCCGCCUCGGCAUGCAGCGCACCAUUCUCGAUGCCCACAAGCUGAUUGAUUCGUCCAUGGAUGAGGAGGCCCUCACUGACCGUGUCGUCAAGUGCGAUGGCUUCGCCCAGGUCAUUCCCGAGCACAAGUUCCGUGUCGUCGAGCUCCUCCAGAACCGCGGCUACCUCGUCGGCAUGACCGGUGAUGGUGUCAACGAUGCCCCUGCUCUCAAGAAGGCCAACGUCGGCAUUGCCGUCGAGGGCUGCACUGACGCUGCUCGCUCUGCCUCGGACAUUGUCCUCCUUGCCUCGGGUCUCUCGACCAUUGUUGAUGGUGUCAAGACCUCCCGUGCCAUCUUCCAGCGCAUGCGUUCGUACGCCCUCUACCGUAUCUCCUCGACCAUCCACUUCCUGAUCUUCUUCUUCAUUGCUCAAGUUAUCUUCCAGUUCGCCCUUCCCGAUAUUCUCAUUAUCUUGAUUGCCGUCCUGAACGAUGCCGCCACCCUCGUCAUCUCCGUCGAUAACGCCAAGAUCUCCAGCCGCCCCGACAAGUGGCGUCUCGGCCAGCUCCUCACCCUGUCGUUUGUCCUGGGUAUCCUCCUGACCCUGAUCUCGUUCGCCCACUUCUUCACCGCCCGCUCGAUCCUCGGCCUCACCAACCAGGCCAACAUGGAUCUCAGCUACGUCACCGACCAGGUCCAGAACCACGGCAUGGACCCCACCAUCCUGGACAACCUGCGCAAGCUCCAGUCGAUCAUCUACCUCAACGUCUCGUCGUGCCCCCACUUUGUGAUCUUCUCGACCCGUGUCCCCGGAUGGUUCUGGGAGUCCGCCCCCUCGGCGAUCUUCGUCAUUGCCGUCGGUGGUACCCAGGUCUUUGCCAUGUUCAUGACCUGGUUCGGUAUUGAGGCUCUUCAGUCGUACGCUAUCGGUCCCGCCUGGGCUAUUGGUGUCAUCUGCGUCUCCCUGGCCAUGUUCGGUCUCCUCGAUGUCGUCAAGGUCUUGACCUACCGCCACUGGUCGUUCGAGCUCACUGCCCGCCUGUGGCCUUCUCCCAAGCGCACUGCCGAGCUCAAGCGCCGCCUUGCUCGCAAGGAGGAGCUCAAGCGUGUCCACGCCAACGUCAAGAAGGCUCGCAAGAUCCUCCUGAUGUGCAAGGGUCUUGUUGCCUGGAAGGCGACCAUGAAGAACAAGCCCAUCCAGUAAACGACCGCGCCGAGUAAUGGUCAUGCUGUUAUGCCAAGCCGUCCGCUGUUCCGUUAGCACCCCUGACCAAGUUUUGGGUGAGGGAGAAUAGAGGCUCGCAUGAGCGGCAUCUAAGGGUUGUAUUUCUGUGUGGGGGAAGGGAAAGCCAGCCUACCUUAGUAUUGUGUCCAAAUUAGAAUUCCCCCGGCUCAUGUAUCUAUCUAGUCUAGUUGGCCUCUUCCCCUCCCUUCUGAACAUACUGUCCUAUCACCUUCUCCCUCCUUUCUCUUGCAGCCCCCUCCCCUCCUACUCGCGCACGCAUCCUGCUCUUGCAGUGCUCAUGGAGGGAGACACCCUGCUCUGAUAACUUUUAUUUUUUGAAUGGGAAUAUACAUCAAUCAUUCACAAUAA